AUGGACUGGCCAAGUUCCCGUGUAGCACGGGGUGGCAUUUUUCACACCCCGAAGCCUAAAUACACGAAAGAAACUCAGGAUCUAAUCAAAGUUCUAAUGGAAGAGGCCAAGUUAACAAUACUUCAGCGGAAUAAAAUAAACUACCAUUUGCGUACGGGAGAGCCAUUACCACCGCCAAAAGAGCACAAAUAUGAGCAAGAUUACAGUAAUUUCCUGCCCAUGGCAAUCACGCGAAAAAACAUCAAAAAACGAUCACUAUCCACUAUAAUCGAAAGUGGUGCAUUUGAUGUGGAAAAGUACGCAGUCAAAAAAGGAAAAGAACCAAUUGAAAGAGCCAAACUCAAACUGCAGGAAAGGAUGGCUGGCUGCAAGAUUUACCCUGAUGAUGGACGAAAGCGUACGUUACGCAAGCAGGAUGAUGAUGAACUAGACUUUGUCGAGCCGGACCGCGAGGCAGAAUUGAUCGGAGAAAUUAAUGAACGAGUGGAAUGGUUAGCGGAAAUGGAAGCUUUAGGGGAGGGCAAAAAACAUCGCCAAGUGAUUCAUGCGCAAAUUGCUGAACGACUAAACGAGAUAAAACGACUACACAAAAAAUCUGGCAAAAUUAACCCGGAAGAAUGUUAA